AUGGCGACAGCGAUUUCUCUCUCUCUCUCAAACGCAACAACGCAAUUGAAAUCGAAAUCAUUCCACAAGUCUAGACUUAUCUCAAGCUCUAGACUUUCUUACUCUUCCUCAAGUCGCGAAAUUUCUUUCAAAUCGCGUUCCAGUUUCGACGGAGAUACUGUUCCUAUCUCGUGUAAGCGUCGGUUUGACUUUCUUCUUAAUUGCGGCAUUUCGUCGAACGACUUCCCGACUGAGAAAAAGAAGAGCUUCGGAGAGUGGAUUGAGUUUGUGGGAGAUGCGGUAUCGACGGCGUUUCCGAUAUGGGUUUCUUUGGGAUGCUUGUUGGGGUUGAUGAGACCAAGUACCUUCAAUUGGGUCACUCCCAAUUGGACAAUUGGAGGUCUUACGAUCACUAUGCUUGGAAUGGGAAUGACUUUGACACUCGAUGAUCUUCGUGGCGCGUUAAAGAUGCCUAAAGAGCUCUUCGCUGGCUUUGUAUUGCAAUACUCGAUCAUGCCAUUAUCAGGAUACUUAGUGAGUAAGCUCUUAAAUUUGCCAGCACAUUAUGCAGCCGGUCUUAUAUUGGUUGGUUGCUGUCCAGGCGGUACUGCAAGUAAUAUUGUCACGUACAUUGCGCGUGGAAAUGUCGCGCUAUCAGUGUUGAUGACAGCAGCUAGCACUCUUACCGCUGUGGUUAUGACACCGCUCCUUACGGCCAAGCUUGCCAAGCAAUAUAUCACCGUUGAUGCUUUAGGAUUAUUAAUGUCAACACUACAGGUGGUUCUUCUCCCUGUGUUGGCUGGUGCAUUUCUGAACCAAUACUUUCAAAAGCUGGUGAAAUUUGUCUCUCCUGUGAUGCCUCCAAUUGCGGUUGGAACAGUUGCGAUUCUGUGUGGAUAUGCUAUCGGUCAGAACUCAUCUGCGAUACUCAUGUCUGGGAAACAAGUAGUCCUAGCUUCAAGCCUUCUUCACAUCUCUGGAUUUCUCUUUGGGUAUCUGUUUUCAAGAUUACUCGGAAUUGAUGUAGCAUCAUCUAGAACUAUCUCUAUCGAAGUUGGCAUGCAGAACUCGGUGCUUGGAGUUGUUCUUGCCACACAGCAUUUUGGAAAUCCGCUCACCGCAGUACCGUGUGCUGUCUCUAGUGUUGCUCACUCCAUCAUCGGUAGCGUCUUGGCUGGAAUUUGGAGACGCAGUGCGCCAAAACAGCUUCAAGACUGA